GAGACCAGCAGGGUGAUGACAGUGGCACCCACUGGAGGUUGGGCAGAAGCUCUAAAGUCAUCUCCUGUCUGCUUCUCCCCGCAGGUGGUGUGUGUGCCCCUGUGGAUCCUCAUGUCCUUUCUGUGCCUCGUGGUCCUCUAUUACAUCGUGUGGUCGGUCUUGUUCCUGCGCUCCAUGGAUGUGAUUGCAGAACAGCGCAGGACGCACAUCACCAUGGCACUGAGCUGGAUGACCAUCGUCGUGCCUCUCCUUACUUUCGAGAUCUUGCUGGUUCAUAAACUGGACGGCCACAAUGCUUUCUCUUGCAUUCCAAUAUUUGUGCCCCUGUGGCUGUCGUUGAUCACACUGAUGGCAACCACAUUCGGACAGAAGGGCGGAAACCACUGGUGGUUUGGUAUUCGCAAAGAUUUCUGCCAGUUUCUGCUUGAAGUCUUCCCGUUUUUGAGAGAGUAUGGAAACAUCUCCUAUGAUCUCCACCAUGAAGACAACGAAGAAACUGAUGAAAUCCCAGCUCCAGAGCCUCCUAAAAUCGCCCCUAUGUUUCGCAAGAAGGCCAGGGUGGUUAUUACACAGAGCCCUGGAAAAUACGUCCUGCCCCCUCCCAAGUUAAAUAUCGAAAUGCCAGACUAAAGGACGCUGGCAGGGCCAGAGCAUGAGUGGACUGGGACGCACGCUCUCUCCCUCCCUCUGCCUCUCCUUCACCCUCCUUCCCCGAGACCCCGAGUGGAGCUGGGCCUCUAGGGAUGUCCAUCUCAUGCCUCGUUUGCAUUCAGUGCCAAUCAGCUGCUCACCACGUCGGGACACAGAGGUGGCGGGGGGUUGGGGGUGUCUGUGGAUAUGAUGCCAGGGGCCGUGAAGGAGAGAGAAGAACCCAAUUCCGUGAGAGCGGGUGUCUAAGGCAUCUUCUCUCGCCCAUGGUACCACCUGGGAAUGGCUGCUCCUGAGACCUGCAGGGGGAGAUUCUGUCUACAGGACAGCUUCACAGGGCUGAAAUUCCUGUGGCGAGUGUUGGUGGAAGUGGCUUCCUACAGGGCCGCCUCCCUGGACAGCUCUGAGCUGUCCCGCUGCAGGUCGGCAGUGGGGACUGUAACUGGGUCUGAGUGUACCUGGUGUUUCCGCACAGCCCCGCCGCCAUGCUUAGCCCUGUCCCUGCAGUGGAGGGCUUUCCCUUUGGGCGUGCCGACAGUGGUUUCCACGGCCUCCUCCGUGAGCCCUUCCCAGUGGAGUGACUCCAUGCCUGUAUAGUAUUUAUACGACUAUUUUAGCAUUGUAAUAUACAGUGUCAAAUCCUAGUUCUGUACAGCAUACUCUGUUAAAGUAUUUUUUUACGAGCUUGUGCCCGAGACGGACGUGUUCUGCUGCAGAAGGUGAAGUCGGUGCCAGCCCCGCCCCACCUCAGAGUUGUGCCGGGCCUUCACAGGACAUCACCGCUUACACCUGGAAUUCUGUCACGUGCGUAGCCCUGCUCCUGCCAGCAGAGCCACAGCAAGCAGAAAAUGACCUGUGUGUUUCCUCACGUUGGGGAAAUCAGGCUGGGAAUAACCUAGAGAGCAGUGCUCGGGCCAGGACACGAGGGAAGGUUGCCAGGAGCAGACACAUUCACAGAUUCCCAUG